AUGAGAAGAGUUUUGGCAUGUGCUCGAUGUAGGGGACAUAAAAUAAAGUGCGUUCAUAACAAUAAGCCCCCAUGCUCAUACUGUCAACAUAAAGGAAUAGCAGAUAAAUGUGUUCUAUCGUUUCCCUUGACUAAGAAGCGGAAAAACAUGGCUCCGUAUGCGCAGGACGCUGGUAUAUUUCAGGCGGGUUAUGAGCAGGGGGGUGGAGAUAAACAAGAUCAGUUGAUUGGUAUUCCAAUUUCGCAGGCUGAGAUACAGCAGCAGCCGCAGCAGUUGUAUUCCCAGGUGGUUUAUGAUCCGCAGAUGGUGAAACAGACGGGGAUGGAUAUGUACAGGGGGGAAGGUGGUGGAGUUCCGUAUAUGCAAGGAGGAGUUAUUGUUGGUAACGCAUCGCUAGUGAUGCGAGGUGGCCAUCCUUCCCAGCCGCAAGCUGGAGGAGUGUUCCAAGGGGGCAGUGUGCCGAUAUCUGUGCCGAAUAAUAUUUCUCCUGUCGUGGAGGGUUACAUGCCCAAUAAUAUGGGAGGGAAGACGGAGCCGGUUUGCGGUCUUCCGUACUGGAAACAGGAGAUACAGAUGGCGUCGGGACAGAAACUCCGCGAUCUCACGGCUGCGAUUCCGGUGGCGGUCGUGAAGUAUGCCAUUGAGUGGACGGUUGCGUCUUUUCCUGAGCUCCGUUUCUUCUAUAUGAGAAAUGUUGAGGACCAAAUACCACAAAUGAAUCCUGUUCUAGUUGGUGCACUCAUGACGCAUGCUGCAUUUUACAAUCCUGUAAGUUCUAAUAGCAGGUCUCUGGUUGAUGGUUACCAGUGGUUGGGGCCGGAAAGCUUUAAUGUGAAGAACAGCAUAUACGAGAAACUCGUUAUAGAGGCUAUAUUCAGUAGCGGCACUUUUCUUUUGAAUCCAGACAUUGAAGUUGCGAACGCCUUGUUGCUCUUGUCUAGUGUGAAAUGGGGUCACAACGACUAUUAUACCUCAUGGAUGUUGCACGGCUGUGCAACUCGCAUGUCGCAGGCCUUGUUUUUCGAUGAGCCGUUCGUCAGGAAAUGUAAAAAUUCCACUAUUCUAAAUGAAAUGAGGCUUCGGACCUAUUGGUGUGGUUUUUUGCUAGAUCGGAUCAUUUGCACUGGUGAAGGACGUUCAUUUGCGAUACAAGACUAUCCCACCAUUCCUCUACCCAAAAAUGACAGCGAUCUAGCCGCCGAAUAUAAUGCUACUGGUAGGAAUAGAGAGAUCGCCAGUGACAAAAUAAGUGAGAAUACUUUAACCAUUCAGGACUUUUACGGAAGUUUAAAAAAGCUUCCAAGCUCAUUUUUAUCUAAAAACGAACAGAUAAUGUUUAUUAAGAUGUACGAUAUUUGGGGACAUCUAAACGAGUAUUUGACCAGCAAUAACGGUGUAUCGAAUAAGGCAUUGAAAGUCUGGGAUCCGGAGACCGAAUUAGGUAAGAUACGCACUGAUUUGCAGAACUGGAGGGCUGUGCUCCCUGAAGAAUGGGUCUGGUCAGCCGAAAAAUACCGGAACGUUAACAGUUCUUUAAGAACUGACAUUGAACCUAUUAUGAUGAAUUGUUUAUACAUGUUAAGCAUGAUAUUUCUUACUAGAGCAUUUUUGCCAUUUUUGCCGCACUCAGUCGAUAAACCAGAGGGUAGUGGAUACGGGACUCCUCCUACAGAAGAUUAUUGGGUAGAAAACGCACGCACAUGUUUUAAAGUAACAAGGGACCUAUCUGCAUUAAUUAGCGUGUUAUUGGAUGAAGCUGUUCAAAAGUCCAUGUCCUCUGAUAUAAAGUUUCCGGUAUUUGCAACCCCAUUUUUUAGCUUUGUCGCCUUUAUUUGUGCAGUGCAAUGCAGCUACGGUGCAAAUUUUCCUUGGAUGGACCCCGAUCACAACUAUUAUGAGAAAGAUUCAAAUUCUAGCCAGUCUCUAGUUUACUGUUCUAAGAAAAUGCUUGAAUUAUUGGAGCAUAGGGUUACCUCGCAUCCUGUAACGAAAACUUGGUUAAUGAUGGUUAUUAAGACGCAGGAACUAUAUCGAUUUGUAUCUAAUAACAAGGAACGCGCAAAAAAAUUGAAUUGGAACUGUUCUACGAUAGGACAUGCCAGGGAUGCCUUACUGCCAGGCACUUUAACGGGCGGUAAAUAUCAAGAUCUGUCAUUCUUAAAAACAGAGGAUGAGAAUAUACCUCAAUACAUGCGGUCAAAUGAUAUGUCUCAUAUCGGAAACCAUAAUGUCUCACAAAUAGAUAAUCCUGCGGACCAGCUACUUCCAGAACACUUACAAAAUAUGCCACCUAAUACUAUCAAACAUCUAAACCUAAAGGUCAAUAACUAUGGGCAAAAGCUGCCGCCGCAAGGCUCGAAUUCGCAGGCAUCUGAACUACAGAAGACAUCAUCUGUAUCGGCAUUUCCGCCUCCACAAGCAAUGUACCCUGUUUUUGCUGCUGCAAAAACCAUAUCUACUGAUGGAUCAGACCAGAAGUUUAAUUCACUAUCUAUCAAUGGAGUUCAACCAAACGUACAUGGGGAUGUCGCUGGUAAUACUGUAAAAGUUACAAAUCCUAUGUCUAACCUGCCAAAUCAAACUAGUACGGUAAUGGAACCAGAUACAGAUAAGCUAUCACUUCUAUUUAACGAUCAGGAGUUGGACUUACUACUUCAGUUUUCUAUGUGA